AUGAAGCCCUGCAUGUAUUACAUUCCGGGCAAGGCGGACUCGUGCCGGAAUGGGGACGACUGCCGAUUUGUGCACUCCAAUGCUCCAGUUCAGAGUCAUCACCGGCCCUACAACUAUUCUGAUUAUUCCAACGUAUCCGGAUCCACAAAGAACCCUUAUUCGCCAAAUUCCAGCUAUUAUUCAGCGUCGUCUUCGCCACAAACACCCCGGCAGGAUCCAUACAGCGCUUCUUACAAACCCAAGUCUCUCAUGGAAUCGUUGUUCGAUCCCAAGUACAAAUUCGUCGCAACUCCAUCAAAAACGCCUUCCGGCACCGAAUCGUUGCGCAGCCGACCCGAAGUUUCGCCGCGAAGUACUUCAAUUGGAUCUUCAACAAAAACCUGCGAAGCUGAACUAGACGCUCAGAAAAGCGAAUACAACGAGUUCCUCUACUCGAAAGUGCUAUCUGAUGAAGCCAGAAACGCCUUCCUUCAAGACAAAUAUUCGAUUGGAUCGAUCCCACUAGAAGCACCUACUAAAGAGAUUUGU